UUCAGUGCUCUUUGUUUUGGGUUAAUCCCCAACAAAAACUACAAUGGCAACCGCUUUCCAAAUUGGCUAAGGGAUUGUGAUUUACCCAACUUAGUAUCUCUUACACUGAAUGGGUGUGGAUUAUGUUUUCAUUUGCCAUCACUUGGUCAACUUUCUAGUCUCAAGGAGCUUUCCAUUUCACGUUGUCCCGAAUUGAAAAAAAUUCCGCCUCAACACCUUCCUUCUUUACAGACAUUGUACAUUUAUGAAUGCAACAAGUUGGAGGAAUGUUUAUGUCUUGAAGGAUCUCCAUUGCUUAAAGAGCUUUAUAUUAGUGACUGUCCCAUGUUGAAGAUAUCAAUUCCUAAGGGUGAUAGUAUGAUAGAGUUAUAUCUACAGAGAUGUGAUCGGAUUUUGGUAAAUGAAUUGCCGACCAGCUUGAAAAAGUUUGUCCUUUUGGGAAAUCGGUACGUCGAGUUCUCCGAUGAGCAAAAUUUAGUAAAGUGUACCGUUCUUGAAGUGUUGAAGUUUGAUUUAGAAGGAAUUGUAAAACGUCCCUCUUUAGAUCUGUGUUGCUAUAAUUCUCUUCGUAAUCUUACAAUAAAAGAAUGUCACUCUUCCUCCUCCUUGCCUUUUUCACUACAUCUGUUCACCAAUCUUGAAUAUCUCAAGUUGUACGAUUGCCCACAGCUGGAAUCAUUUCCAAGUGGAGGUUUGCCUUCCAACUUGACCAGACUUGAAAUAGAGAAUUGCCCAAAACUGAUUGGUUCGAGAGAGGAGUGGGGUUUGUUCCAACUCAAUUCUUUGAAACAAUUGGGAGUCAGUGAUGAGUUUGAAAACGUGGAGUCAUUCCCAGAGGAGAAUCUGCUGCCACCAACUCUUACGUGGCUUCUAUUGAUGAAUUGUUCAAAGCUAAGAAUAAUGAACAACAAGGGUUUUCUCCACCUCAAUUCUCUCAAAUCUCUAAUUAUUAUCAACUGCCCUAGUCUUGAGAGCUUGCCAGAGGAGGGUCUACCCAGUUUUCAAUUGCUCAUUCGUGAAUGUCCACUAAUUAGGGAGAAGUACAAAAAGGAGGGAGGAGAGCGUUGGCAUACAAUUAGUCACAUCCCGGUUGUGGGGAUUGAUGGAAUUGAGCAGCACGAUUGAGAUGUGGCCCCAGGGAGAAGUACAAAAAGGAGGGAGGAGAGCGUUGGCAUUCGAUUCGUCACAUCCCUAAAGUGUAUAUUGACAGAGAGCCCCUGGCAAGAUCUCAGAAGACAUAUGCAGAACAAUAGUGUGAGGAUCGUGAACACCAUAUUUUGCUCAGUAUUGUCCAGAGCUUUCCAGAGUAGGGUUGUUGGCAUACAAUGAACCAUAUCUGAGAUACCACACUCGUCUUUUUAUAUUCUCAAAAACAUUGGCAUUUUAUUUGACAAUGCCAGGUAUUUGAUAUAUGUUCACAAAUGCAUUUCUGAUAUCUUCUUUACAGUAAACUUGAAACCAUACUCUCAUUGCCGUUCACCACUUUUGUCCAACUUGAAGGAUCUGACUGUGUUCUGUGACCACGACAUACCCUUGCCACUGCCAAUGCCAUGAAACACAUGCAGGAUUCUGUUGCAGGUUCCUCAUUUGAAUAGCUGCAUAGCUCUCUCUAUUUGCGUACCAUACGAUAAUGUGUUGCUUAUGGAAAGACAUUUUUGCUUCAAGUUGCCAACAAUAUGGUUUUAAUUGCAAAUCUCUCGCUGAAUCGGAGAAUGAUGAAAAACGAACAAAUUGAACACUUACAGAAGUUCGAAAAGUGCUCAAGCAAGUCCAUUGCACAUUCUUCAGUGGUGCUGAAAUAAAAAGGUAGAAGAAUAGGAGGGAAAUCUCAGUAGAUGAUGAUAAAGGAAAAAAAUUCCCGUUCAAAGAGUGCAAAGAACAACAAAUGAGUGAAAGAAACAAUGUUCGUCAGCUAUUGUUGAGUAUGGCUCAUAAUCACUCUUAAGUGGGCAGGGUCAAUUGAGCGGAACAAGAGAGACCUGUCCUUGGACCAAGCGCAAACGUUUGUUAUGGAAUGGUGACUUGGGGUUUGGUUUAGGGAUGAUGUUGUAGUCAGGACUGUAGUAUUUAAAUAUAAGUUGUGCAUUGGAAACCUUAAUUUUUCACCGAUAAUACAAAGGAGUCGGAGAUGUAGGCUAUAUUGGCUGGACUUGGUUACCAAACAUCAUAUGUUCAUUGUUUUCGUUUAUUGUUUCUUUAA